CUUGAACGCUCCCCUAAGCCACUGCCUGCUGGGAAACAUCUACUCAACAACUCACUGAUCCACGGCUGGCUAUCUGCUUCUGGAUUUGUAAAUGUCGACACUAUUUGGCAACAGGUGUGGCCUAAAGUAGCAAUAGGUUGCUUACUACCCCUCCCCAUGCUAUCGCUCGGGUUUUAGAUCAUCUUCUGUCCCUUUCUCGACUUUCGGUAACGGGAUCAUCCAGAAUGGGAAUGUGCUUCUCCUGCUUCGGCGGGUCGGCGGACGACGCCAUCCAGACUCCAGACCCAGAGACACGGAGACGGCAGCUGGCCGAGGCGGCAGAGAAGAGGCAGAAGGAGACAACAUACAGGGGGGUCAAAAACCCCGAGGCGGUGGAUAGGAAGAGGAAAAAACAAGAAGAAACAGAGAAGCAGGCCAUGAGCACCUCGGUGUCUGGUGGAGGAGGAGGAGGAGGAGGAGGGCUGAAGUGGCAGGUUGGCUGAGGAUCCUCUGGCCUUUGAGUUCAAACUACAGGACAGGAAGUAUUGCUGCAAGAUGACAUGGCAGUUGUCUCUGCCGCUGUCCAACGAGUCCUUUAUUUUGAGUAUAUAUUGUUUUGGUCGCCAAGCGUCUAGUAAAGUGAGGUUUAAAGAACAAUCUGAAGUGAAGUCACAGCAGGACCUGACGCCGUGUGACCACAUACGCCAUGUUGGACUGUUGAAGGAGCUUUAACACAGGGAGGAGAAUAGGAAGGAGUUUGAAUGCAAGUUAAACUGAUAUCCUCACAGAAGUGUUGGUCAAGAAAUGCAAAGAAUUGUAUGCUUUUCUCUGAAGAGCUCUCUAUGAAAUACUGGUUUGAGCUUGGCUGCUUGGCAGGUUGUCACAUUUUGCUCUGGUUAACCUGUAAUGGGUGUUUGCCAUUUAUGACAUUUCUGAUUAUGGGUUCAUUUACAAAGAGUCAGUGCAUUCAUGGAUGAUGAAGGACAUUAGUAGUUAGCCCUAACAGAAUUUCUCUUUAGACAAAGAUGUUGCCUUUGAAUGCAAAUAUUUUUAUAUAAUAUAGAUACAAAUAAUAAAACUGUUAAUAAAACAUAUUUAAUUUUGGAAAUCAGAUAGAAUUCCUAAUUAAAGUUUGCCAUAUUUCAUUGAUUCACAUUUUAUAUCAGAUUAUUUUGGUGUACACUUUGUAAUUUAGAGUCCUCAUUGAAUUCACCUCCAUUAGUGUUUCUAUUGCUCGCUAUGCAUGAUUUAGAAGGUUGGAUUUGUCAUUGAAUUGUUUUAUUUAUGAGAAAUGUUUGUAUGCAGUCUUUGUAUACUUGAUUUCAUAAGGAAAACGAUACGCUUUUGUCUGUGAAGUGCCACGUAGCGUGCGGAUGGCCUGUGACGGAGGCAUGUGUUGAAUGGCACGUUGUUGCUGCUGUACUCGUCAUCAGUCGAAGAAAGUAUAGGAAUGGAGAUCAGGCAGUGAGCCUGAGUAUGUAUUUAAUCUGACUUGCCAUGCUUAACUCAGUGCUAUUUAUCAUUUUUUAAAUUAUCACCUGAUCCUUAAAUGCUUUUGGUGCUCUUGCCAUUUGGAGGUACAGGAAAUGUAGGCUGUGUUUUUUGCCGCUGCAUUAAAUUAUGUUUUACCCAAUG